AUGACAUUCGCUGCUGAAACGAUGGACAGUCGACGUCGAUACGCCACGAUGAACGGUCAGAAGCAGAAUCAGCCGCCACCAUCCACUCACUAUCGCCAACCGCUCGGGCCGAAGAACAGCUUGGAUUACUGGCAAAAGGCGAAGGAUCAACAGGGCGUGACGUACUACUGGAAUCCUUCCGCGAAUCCAUACUACGGCAUGGACAGUAUUUACGCACAGCAGAAACCACGGACACCGCAACGACCAGCACCAUUCCCGUUGUCGAUCCCACCACAGCCGGUGCAGAUCAAGCCGCGCAACACCCAGCAGCCGACGAUCUCGUCGACCCUUCCAAUCUAUCAUAAUGUGCCGACGACCAGCCCGGCGGCAACGGCGGCUCCGGCGCCCAUGACCGUGGCAUCACAGGCGUUGCUGAGGCUCAAGGAGGAUACACGGGUGAUUGGUGGUACCAGCAACGGCAUUGCCAACGGACAUCUGAAUCAACGGACCGAAGUUGGCUAUGGACCGAAACGAGCGCAACCACUUAUCUGGUCAGUUCAGACGGAUCCUCUUCGCGAGAUUAGGCCUAUUCCGACCAAGAGCUAUCCGUCAGUCAGUCCUGCUAGC